AAAGGCUUUUAGUGAGAUCCAAGUAUUAUGUUGGCAUCCCUGACUGCCCCCCAAAAAAUCCCCUGACUAGCACAGUAAACCAAACAUACCUGCCUUUCAUAAACAGUCACAUUUCAUCGUUCAUCUGAGAGAAAAAAAAAAAAAAAAAAACACAAAUUAAGCCAGUUUUGUUGACAUCCGCAAGUGAGACGGAGUUUGUUCAGCCACAUACACUGUUUCAACCACCACCACCACCACUACUACCAUCACCGCCGUGUCUUCUGCAGGUGGAUGCUUGUGACCGGUUGGGCCGCACUCCACUGGGGCUGGCCACCUUUGCCGGCCACUCUAGCACUGUCAGCACCCUGCUGCAGGAGAACGCCACUCUCUCUGCUGAAGACAAGGACUGGAGAAUAAUAUCGCGUGAGGAGGUUGGUCUCUGCUUAGUUCGGGUCAUUGAAGAAACUGCCGUGUGUUCCUUUGACGCGGCGAGGUCAGAAUGCUUCACUCUGCUCUACCUGGCCGCCCAGCAAGGCUACCCGAACAUGAUGCAUUGGCUUCUGUCCCUGAAGGUAUCACCAGACGUACGUAACAACCAAGGCGAAACCCCGCUGUUUGUCACGAGCCUGGCAAUGCCCUCUUCCCCCCUUCACAUCACAAGGCACUGGGGUCAGGUCAGGUCAGGUGAACUUGAAAUCGUACAACAGCUUCCCCCCCACACAGGCCUACCAAGACCUGCCAGCACCAUAUGAGGGACAUGGAGAUCAGAAAAUAUUAUGACCUUAAGCACAUUGGUGAUGAGGGUCACGAUCACCAACGUCAUGGAGGCCAUACUUGAGUCGGCCUUUCAGUUAAUUCUGCAGCUGUAUAUUGUUGGGACGCAUUACACUGAGCUGGACCAGGCUUAUGAUGUGACACUGGGCAGCAUCCUAUCUUUGUCACCACUGGGCCACAACACCCAGCUCUCAAAACAGGUGUUCUCUGUCCUCAUCUCCCUCGUGUCCCUCACCUGGUCCUUCACGUCCUACCACAGGUUCUCAAAACUCAGAGGGCUGACUAUUUUAGACACACUGCCCCUCCUGUUCACAAUAUUCUUCCAGGUGGUGUCCCGCGCCAUCGCCUGUACAGUGUUCACUCUGGCACACACGUGGAAGGUGUUUGUGGUGUUGGGUGUACACUUUGUGAUGGUGCUGGUAUUUAAACUCAAGCUGGAGGAGAGGUAGAAGGCCGGCCGUCAGAGAGCCUGCGCACCAAGACAGCUGGAUUGUGGGUGAGGACAGAGUAUCCGAAAGGGUGGAGGGGGGCUGGCCAGUGUGAUAGGGGGCCUCACACCCUCCACCCAUUACCUGGUGCAGGUGACUGCUUACAACUCUGCUAGGAGCUACUCCAGGGCUACUCUACCACCAUCCCCCUUCCUGGAGGCCCCUCCUCCCCUGGGUUAGUGAUGCCCGGGGUGGCCACGACAGAUGUGAGGGUCCUGCUCCCCAUGGUUGCCUCCUGCCUCGCCCUGCUGGCCGCUCUUGUCACUGUUUGUGUUUGCGUCAGGAAGAAGCCCCCCAUGCCCCUCCAGCAGGUGUCCAGGGAUGGGAACAAAGUAGGUGUGCAGGAGAACAAGGAUAACCACAAACACAGGGAGCAGUUUUAUGCCACAGUGUGCAAGAUGUCACCCCACAGGGACCCCACUGCUGUUGACCGAAUCCCUGAGUAUGUAGACAUCUACCCGUAUGCAACCUUCCAAAUGAACAACACACAACAACAUCAACAACAACCACAACAACAACAAGCAGCACAGCAACAACCAGUCACAGCCACCACAACUGCCACCACCACCACCACCACCAACAGCAGCAACAACCACAGCCAAAACAGCAACAACAACAACAACAAAAAUUAGGCCAGACACAGUGACCUUGCUUACAACAACAACAACAACAACAACAACCCCACCACAAC